AUACAAUUAUAUACAUAUCUUUCCAUAAUAUAUCACUCAAAGCGCACCCGCCCAUUGACCAUUUUUAGGAACUAUUAAUUGAAUCCCCCCAUCUUCCUCUUUUAUUAGGUAUCCAAGAUUGCUUCUCAUUAUAUCUAAACCCCAUCUCAAUUUUACACACACACACACUCAAACACACACACACACAUGGAGCAAACAGUUCUUGAUGAUAUAAUUCAGAGGUUAGUUGCAGUUAAAGGCAAACCUGGUAAACAAGUGCACCUCACUGAACAAGAAAUCAAACAACUUUGUGUUGUUUCCAAAGAUAUUUUCUUGCAACAGCCCAAUUUGCUUGAAAUUGAAGCACCCAUCAAGAUUUGUGGUGACGUGCAUGGUCAAUAUUCUGAUUUGUUACGUCUUUUUGAAUAUGGUGGAUUACCCCCUGAAGCCAAUUACUUGUUUCUUGGCGAUUAUGUUGACCGAGGCAAACAAAGCCUAGAGACAAUAUGUCUUCUCCUUGCUUACAAAAUAAAAUACCCCAAUAAAUUCUUUAUAUUGCGCGGUAACCACGAAUGUGCUUCUAUAAACCGUAUAUAUGGUUUCUAUGAUGAGUGCAAAAGAAGAUUUAAUGUGAAGUUAUGGAAGACCUUCUCGGAUUGCUUCAAUUGCUUGCCUGUUGCAGCUCUUAUUGAUGAAAAGAUUCUGUGCAUGCAUGGAGGAUUGUCACCUGACCUUGAUAAUUUGGAUCAGAUACGAAACUUACGGAGGCCCACUGAUGUACCUGAUAGUGGUUUGUUAUGUGAUCUUCUCUGGUCAGAUCCCGCUGUAGAUGUUAAGGGUUGGGGCAUGAAUGAUCGUGGAGUUUCGUAUACGUUUGGCGCUGAUAUUGUGUCACAGUUUCUGGAGAAGCAUGAUCUGGAUCUUAUUUGCCGUGCACACCAGGUAGUGGAAGAUGGGUAUGAGUUCUUUGCUGACAGACAACUUGUAACUGUGUUUUCGGCACCAAAUUAUUGUGGGGAGUUUGACAAUGCGGGUGCUAUGAUGAGUGUUGAUGACUCUCUAAUGUGCUCUUUCCAAAUACUAAAACCUGCAGAAAAGAAGUCAAAGUUCAACUCAGGUAUCAGUCUUUUUGGAAGCACCACUACAGCUAAACCAGGGAACACCCCAAGUGGAUUCAAGUUCCUAGGUGGGAGAACAUGAGAUAUGGUGCAACGUUGAGGCAUGAACAAAUGAACCUUGACAUUGGUUUUUGGUGCACCAUUAGAUGUUGUUGGAGAAUGUAUAAAUUUCUAAUGUUGGUCGUUGUACUAUAAAUGAGACGGGAUAAAUUGUAAUGAGUAACCACUCUACAAUGUGCAGAACAUGCAGACCCAUGUUUUGAUAGUUAUGGGUAGAAAUAAUUCAGAAGGUCUUGGUAUA